AUGAGACAAGUCUUUAACUCUGUUUCGAAUAGCUCUUCCACUCGAGCUCAGACCGAGCAGCAGUCGACCUUAAGCAAGCAAGAAGCUCAAAUUCUUUACGAACUCCAGGCUCUACUCCACGUUGUGGACUCAAUGUUAAUCACCGAAGCUUAUUUGAAGCACAGAAACGCGCCAGAGAAGGCUUGGAUGAAUUCAAGAGAUUUAUGGAGGAAAAAAACACUGAAUGACGAGUUGGAAGGAUUAGUUAUAGUAUUGGCGGCACCACUAAUAGAAUCGAUUGAUUUACAACUAGGUGUCUCUAAUAAUAUUAUUAAUCCGAGUGCGAGUGGAAUGGAAUGCUAG